UUGGAAGGGAUGGGGGAUGGGGGAGAGCACGUGUUGCCCUGUGAAUGAGGUCAGCACACAUCGGGAAGUGGGAGGGUACAGGGUAGUCCACUCACUGUGUGCCCGCACCCCGGACCAACCGCUAGAUGUCUUUUGCUGCAGGAGGCUCCCACAAAAAAUAAACAGUAAACAUGCCUGCUUACCUGGAGCUGAAGGACAAGUUCGGCAAUGCCAUGAGGUUUGGAAAUGGAGGCGACAUUUGGUUUCCUCCCUUCCCUAUGAUCAAAGAUUACCGGCAACACAUCAAAGAACUGCGUCACCUGGAACUCCGACCAGAUGACGUCAUCCUGACGGGUUUUCCCAAGACAGGAUCUCACUGGCACCACGAGAUCUUGCACAUGUUACUCGCCGGAUCGCCGGAGUUCGUCCGUAAACCGGAAGCUAAAGAGUUCCUGGACUUUUCUCCUAAGGACGAGUUACUGCCCCCUGACCAUCCCCGUGUACUUUUUACUCAUUUCCGCUACCAUCAUCUUCCUCUACAAGUGUGGGAGAAGAAAGUCAAGGUCGUGUACUUGACCCGUAACCCUAAGGACACGUGGGUUUCCUUUUACAACCAUGUGCAUGGCCACACUGGAGUUCUCGCCUAUGAUGCCAGCUGGAACCAAUAUUUCGAAACCAUGAUGGACAUGGGAUACUAUUACGGGGACUGGUUCGACUACGUGCUGGACUGGGAGGCGAAGUUGUCAGCUGACAAAGAACUCAACUUCAUCAUCUCGUCGUUUGAAGACCUCAAGCUGGACCCCGUGGGGCAGAUAGAGAAGUUGGACAAGUUCCUGGGUCUCAACAGGGGCAGAGAACUGUGUGAGCGCAUCGCGGAAGCUUGCAAGUUCACUAACAUGAAGGCGGUCAAAGAUGCGCAGAUGCCGAGUGAAAUGAAGGGGAAAAUAUGGAAGGAAAAUGCACCAGGCUUCUACAGGAAAGGCGAGGUCGGGGACUGGAAGAACUGGUUCACUGUGGCCCAGAACGAGGCUUUCGACGCGCUGUACGAGAAACGUAUGGCUGGCAGUCAGCUGACCUUCAGAUACGUGUGAUUCGCAUCCCGCUCCACCGCAGCUUCUCUACAGCAGCCUCAGAACACGCAGCCAGCCGCAGUGAAGUGAUCCUUUGUCUUAUGAACUGUGUUCGUAACGAAGGACAGCUGCAGCUUUAUCAGCCAUGAAUGGUGUGUAGCCUGACUGAAGAUGUUGGAACACUUCAUGUAAACAUGGAUGUAGACCUGUCCAGGCUGUAAACAUCGUCACCUGUGUUCAUCGCAUCGGUGUCUCCGCGCAAAGGACUGGAAGGUUGACUUUUUUAGGAAAGUUUUAAUUUUCUGUAGAACAAAGUCCAGGAAUAAAAACAUUUUCUAACAUUGA